ACGACUAGUAGAUUUAUACUAAAACAAUUAGAUUAUUCGCUCUCGAUUUCUAUGCGUGAUAGUUGACUAUGGCUGCUGGAGGAUUUAUUUUGCUACCGGUCAAGCAUCCUAUUACAAUCCAAGAACCUGGUUAGUCUAGCGUUCCGCUCCAAAAUAACGCCUGCACAGCAGGCUAUUUGUAGAAUUGUAAACAUUUCGGCUAUCGGCCGAGUGAUUCUGUUUAACUGCGAUGAACCAACGACCUAAUAAACUUACGAUUCUGCUAGUUUGAGGGUAAUACUAGAACACCAGAAGUUGAAAAAUGCUUUCUUAGUUGGAUGGUGUGAUUUGUCUGCGUAAUAAAUGCGUCAUUGCUUUUGCAGUCGUUUAUGCACUGAUUCAGAUAAUUUCGUUUCAAAAUAUUCAAAAAAGUUAUAACUCUUGGAAGGUUGCGUCGGCCAUAUUUUGUAUAGCUGCGUACUUAUGAUUAUUUGUUGCGAUGGGAGGGAGACAUAUUGCGAUGUUAAAGCACAAGUGAAACAACAACAACACUGAACAACAACUUUAUUUGUACUCACUCAGCUAAAAAUUAAAUGAACAAAAAUGAGUUUGAAAUAAAAAAGAGUACAUGGCUGCCCGAGAUGACCUUAAUGGGCUAAUAAGACGGGACAGCUAUCCCCCGGGAGCCAUCCUUGAAACUAUGUCGUUGGGAAAUAGGAGAUUUUUUUUUUCUCGAAGUUAUACCCGUUAAUUUGCAUUGCAGUGCAAAUUAAGAAUUAACGAUAAAUUGGCUUGCUCUCGACCAAUGACAAUGAAGACACGUAAUCUUCCCAGUCACGUAAUAAAGUGAUAAAUUUGCUAAGUCGGAUUGUCUUCCAUGAUGAUAAUGAGCCUUCAUCAGUGCCGAAUUCGUUGUUCAACUUGUUCAUGGUUCGAAAGCAGCAUGCCUAAAAUUGAAAAAAAUGUAUAUGACUUCUAUGAGGAUGCGAUGAUUUAAGAAACAAAGUUAAAAUGACUUUACAGUACUCCUUUACCUCCCCUCCCAUCCCUCCCCCAGCCCGCAAUCCCUGGCAUGGCAACAAAGCAUUGCGGGACAGCUUGUUAUCAUUUGACAGAUGCUUUUCAGGAAAGUAUAUUUUCCAAAAUGUCAUUGGUUGAAUUACUAUACAACUAUGUUUGCACUGUGCACAAUUACAGGACGUACUCCUUUCAAGCUCUGUGGUCCUUUUCGGUCCUCUGUGGCCGGCGAUAUCACUUUUUUCAGCUGAUGUUCAUGUUACAUGUAACUGCAAAACAGAACUGAUUCGAAAUCGUCUGUAAUGCAGAUCUUGAUGUUUUUCUAUGUUCUGCUUCACGUGAAAUAUGUCGAAAGUGAGCCGGAUUACCCGCCUCUACCUCAGGGAAAGGCCUACACUUUGGACGACGACGAUGAUAAAUGGAAUUUAAACGGUCUUUCAAGCAUUGCAAAUGGUAUAGCGCUAACAUUACGGAGUCAGCCGCCAUAUGAAUUGAUUGGAAAUGCUUUGAGUAAGUCAUUUGGUAAAGGAGGGAAGUCACCAAGCCUCUCUGAGGUGGUUGAUUAUGAAGUUCCCAUGAUAGUGUUAGCGUCAUUUUCUCUGCUUGCUGCACUGGUUAUUCCCAUUGUUGGCCUUGUGUUCUGUUGCUGCCGUUGUAAAGGAAAGUGUGGUGCUUCUAUUGAUGAUAGCAAACUCAAGCAGCAUCCUACUAAAGAACGGAUAGCUUACUCUGCAGGAAUCCUUGUUUGUGCACUGUUUAUUAUUCUUGCAGGUAUAUUCAUCUUAGCUUCAAGUGUUAGAAUGAACAAGAGUGUUCCACAUGCAAGAACUGUUUGGUCAGACUCAUUUGCUGAUAUUUAUACUUAUACUGACAAUACACUCAAGGAACUAAAUCAUAUUGUAUCUAAAGAGGCUGUUCCUACAGUUGAUGUUUUGCUGGAGGAUGUCAUUGGUGAGUGUACAGGCUGACAACACCAUUAUAUAGGCAUUAAUCAACAUAUGCUAUGGCGCUGUUUUAUGUUCCUGGUGUUCUUGGGUAAUUCCAUGUGAGAAUGUGAAAAAUCCAGAUUUUUAAAAAGUGGUUGGACUUAAAAUCAUACCCUGUACUAUGUUGUUGACAAGUUAUAGUACAUAGAAAAAUAAGUUUCAGUUUGCUUGUGAUAGCAACACAUUCAG